GAUGCAGGCAAUUGCUGUAGUGACAUGCCACUGCCUCAACCAACUAAGAUACUUCAUUGAUCAAUUUUCACACUGUUUAGUAGCACCUCGUUGGAAAUCCCCAUCACUCAUAAAAUACCUGGGCUAGAGUCUCACCCUUGUGUAACAACAAGACAAUUAUAAGAUGACAGAAAAGGAAGAAUAAGUUAGUUUGAAAUAAAUUGUGUGAAAGUGAUAUUCAUAAUUCAUGCAUACUAUACCUACUAUGCUACUUAUACUACCCUCAGGGCAGCAUUUCCUUUCCAUACUAUAGCACAAGAUGUGAAAAGAUGUUGCAACUUUUGAAAAGACACCUUUUUGGUUGAAAAGAUGUUGAAAAGAAGCCUUUUUGGUUGAAAAGAUGUUGAAAAGAUGUAUUUCUGGUUGAAAAGAUGUUGAAAAGAUGUAUUUCUGGUUGAAAAGUGUUUUUUUUUCAAUGUGUUCUGCUCACCAGGAGCACACUGAUCACACUGUGAUGGAGCUGAAUGCUGAUUAAGUGUCAUUUAUGACCACAUGGUAAACAGCCGCAUGAAAAGAGGAAGCAGAUAAAGUUGAGGCUACAGACAGAACAGAUCUGGCUUGAGUCUUGACAUUUCCUCACACACCAUAACUUCUUGGAAAUAGGACUACCGAAUUCACUGAAAACUUAAGAGGAGACUAGGGGACCUGUCCUCCUGCGCUCCCCAGGAAACAUGCUUAUCUUCUGGAUGUCUUGUGGAUCACUUCUCCCUCUCCUGGUCCUCUGCUAUAAUGGAAAAGACCACUGCACAAUCCAGGAGAACAAACAAUAUCAUGUGUCCCCUGUGCUUGAGUCCCUGCGCUGCUACAAUGACUAUAGCUCCUACGUCCGCUGCAGCUGGGAAGAGAGUCCACACGCUUCCUCACAAGCCCUGUUAGCCCUAUACUACUGGGACGACACUGAGAACCGUGAGUCCCUGUGUAAACCCUAUGGUCAGCCAGCAUUGAAUGCCAACAACGGCAAGCUCACCGCCCAGUGUCAGUACAACACUCGUGACUUUGGCAUCAAUACCAACCAUGUCUUCUUCUUCAACACCUCCUGUCCCCCUGCCCUGCUUCUGUCUAAGAAUUUGAGGGUGCGUCCACCAGUCCAUUUAUCACAGCAGCCUGUAGAGAGAGGGGGCCGUUUGCUCAGCUGGGAAAGCCCCUAUCCCCCAACGUCCCUCCUGACCCCCACUCUCAACUAUCAGGUCAACUACAGGAGGUCUAACCAGGAUGACUGGACAGCAGUGGAGGUUCAAGACACCCAGCUGAGUUUGGAGCCUGAAGCUCAGGUGCCUGGCUGCCAGUAUGAGGCCAAGGUUAGGGCAAAGGGGAAGACGGGACUGUGGAGUGAGUGGAGCUCUCUAGUGACCUGGAUGACUGAGGACGACCCUGUGCCAGGCCCCUCCAGUGCGCAGUGUGUGGUGGAUGACGAGAAAGUGGUGACAUGCAGCUGGGAGGUGAAGAGAGACCUGGCUCAGUUCCUUACCUUCCAUCUGUCCUGCAAACGCAACCACACUGCACCAGCCCAGAAAUGCUGUGUUAACACCAUGGUCAGCGCUCCGUCCAGGGGUCCAAUACUCAAAUACAGCUGCUCCUUCCCUGUCCCAGACUCAGAACAGCUAGAGGUGGAGAUCAUCCCCACAUGCAACAGCAAAACGUUUAAAACACAUAAAAACAUUCGUCCAAACCGUCCACUCCACGUGCAGAUAGAAGCGAGAGAUGGGGACUGGAUUCUAAAAUGGAAUCCGCCAAAAUCAAAUUUUGAAUUCACCUAUCAGGUGCACUACUGGAGUAAUGACACUCAGGAGGAUACUAGGUUCCUCAAUGUCUCCCAGGGGUCCCUCUCACUCUCCAUCCUGGGGGGGUCCCUGCGCCCCUCUGAGUGCUACCUGGUUAAGGUGAGAGCUCUGGUGGUCCCGGGAAGGGGUGAUACUUUCGAAGGACCCCCCUCAGAAUGGACCGACCCAGUGGAGUGGACCUCACAACCAGCUUCCUGGUCCAUCACCACCUUCCUCUACGUCUUCAUCAGUGUACUGGUGGCCAUUGUCUUCAUCACUCUCUAUGUUACCAUACCAGCCUGUCACAGGAGGCUAGUCUUGUGGGAGGUGUCUGUCCCGUCGCCCCUCAAGAGCAAGGCACUGGGAGAGGUCAUUAAGAAGUCUCCUGAUAGGUUGUUAUUUCCCGAGAGUGAGAGAAGUGAAAAUACCUACAUCUGCAGCGUACAGACACUGGAGAGCUUUAGCUGCUCUUCAGAUAAUCCAUUGUGGUUGACCCCAGAUGUAAAGGCCAAUGGACUGUUCCAUUCCAUUACCAAGGAGGAGUGGAAGAAGUAUGACCAAAACUAUUCCUCAAUACUUCUGUUGUCUGUGGACAGAUCUUGCCCUCCUGCUCUAGACUCAUCCGGAUUCAGCUUCAGUGGCCCUUACAUCUUGUGUGGUGACAGUUCACCGGCGCCGAGUGAGUUUCUGAGUCUGGAGCCUCCCUGUGAGGAGUCCGACAACACUCUCUCUAACUCUGACCCCUCUUCUCCCUCCUCCUCGGAGAGGUCUGCCCCAUCCCCCUUGGAGUCGAGUGAGGGCUAUGUGGCGAUGCCUCAGAUCAGUGCUGGCCUGUCCAGAUCAACAACGAACGACAGUAAGAACAUUGGUAACAACAACGGCAACAAUGUCGUCAUCAUGGCAUGGCCCAAGUCAGAGCUCCUCCCACCCCAACCUAGCUCUAUGUCCACCUGCUCACCACCCAGUGAGAAUGAAGACCCUCCUCCAGCGUACAGGCCCACCACCACCACCCCCUUCACCUUGCCCCCAGUGGACCCUACCCUACAUACCUCUGGGUACUGCUUCCUCCCGGCUCUACAGGCACUUGGGGGCUGGGGCCAUGUGCAGUCUUCUGGGCCACCUAAAGGGGGCAGUCAAGAGCAGCAGGCAGGGAGGAGAGAGAGGAGGCAGGAAGAGCAGUGCAAGGAGGAUCCCUAUGUCAGACUGUCCCAGCUAGCCACUUAGCUAACCCCAUCUAAUGCUGGAAUACAUGCUCAGGACAUGAGGGCCUCUAUAGGCCACUGUUCUCAAUAUUUGAUCCAUUCUAACACUAACACACCUGACUCAACUAAUCACAAGAGCUUGAUUAUUAGUUGGGCUAGUUCAAUCAGGUGUGUUAGUGUUGGAAUGGACCACGUGUAAAACUAGUGAUUUGUGGUCACCGAAGACUGGGUUGAGAUUGAGAAACACUUCUAUUUCUAGGAGGGAAAACUGUUGGCGCCUCAUACAUUAGCCUCCCUUGAUUACUCACAAUGCCCAGCAGAUGGCAGCACUGUACUUACUGUGUAUCUGUUGAACUCAGAGGUGGCCUAUGGAUUCUACUGUAAGGACUAACUACAAACACAGAAGCAUAGUGCAGUAAGCCAUUCCUCUCUGGGUGGUAAGGUGACUCAGGGCCAGAAUCCCAGGUUUCCACCACAUCACAUGGAUGGUACAUGUGUAACAGGGUGGCACUGUUGAGUUGGUGAGCGCAGCCUUAUGCCUCUGUCAGUGCCGGUGGCUGUUCCUGUCGUUCUACAGCAGGGGUCGGCCCACGGGCUGCAAAGUGUUGUGUUACAGAAUCAAAUCAAAUGUAAUUUGUCACAAGCUCCGUAAACAACAGGUGUAGACUUACAGUGAAAUGCUUAAUUUACAGGCCCUUCCCAACAAUGCAGAGAGAAAAAUAUAGAAAGAAAAUAACACGAGUAAUAAAUACACAAUGAGUAAUGAUAACUUGACUAUAUACACAGGGUACCAGCACUGAGUUGAUGUGCAAGGGUAUGAGGUAAUUGAGGUAGAUAUGUACAUAUAUGUAGGGGUAAAGUGACAAGGCAACAGGAUAGAUAAUAAAUAGUAGCAACAGUGUUAGUGCAAAGAGGGUGAAUGCAGAUAGUCUGGUUAGCUAUUUGGUUAACUAUUUAGUAGUCUUAUGGCUUGGGGGUAGAAGCUGUUCAGGGUCCUGUUGGUUCCAGACCUGGUGCAUUGGUACCGCUUGCCAUGCGGUAGCAGAGAGAACAGUCUGUGACUUGGGUGGAUGGUGUCUUUGACAAAUGUUUUCCUCUAACACCGCCUGGUAUAGAAGUCCUGGGUGGCAGGACCAUACACACUACCCUCUGUAGCGCCUUGCAGUCGGAUGCCAAGCAUUUGCCAUACCAAGCAGUGAUGCUACCAGUCAAGAUGCCUUUAAUGGUGCAUCUGUAGAACAUUGAGGAUCUGAUUUUUGAAAUUUUCAGCCUCCUGAGGGGGAAGAGGCAUUGUCGUACCUUCUUCACAAAUGUCUGGGUGGACAAUGUUUAUUCCUUAGUGAUGUGGAACUAAGGAACGUGAAGCUCUCAUCGCGCUCCACUACAGCCCCAUCGAUGUGGAUAGGGGUGUGCUCGGCCCUCCGUAUCCUGUAGUCCACGAUCAGCUCCUUUGUCUUGUUGAUGUUAAGAGAGAGGUUGUUGUCCUGGCACCACACUGCUAGAUCACUGACCUCCUCUCUAUAGGUGGUCUAAGCAGCCUUAAUGAUGGCGUUGGACUUGUGCGCAGCCAAGCAGUCGUGGGUGAACAGGGAGUACAGGAGGGGACUAAGCAUGCACCCCUGAGGGGCUCACAUGUUGAGGGUCAGCGUGGCAAACUUUUUGCUUCCUUGGUUAAACGUGAGGACACAUUUAAAAAAUCGAGGGGAAAGAUAUGACAGGGUGGAACUGUUGAGUUGAUGAAUGCAGCCUUGUGCCUCUGUUGAUUGUAAUUACGGGUGUGGCUUUCAGUAUUUAACAUGGCUGUUCUUGUUGUUCUACAUAGUCGCAUUACCAUGAGAAGGUUGGUAUGCGCAGGGAGGAUGGGAGUGGCAACAUUGGGCUAGUCCACAUUCUGAAGUAUAUCCGGGGAUUUUGUAAGUGUGUAUGGCAAGAGUACCCAUAUGCCAAUUUGACCCACUCUCCUUCUCCCCUUGGCAUUCCCUCGUGAGAGUAUUGUGCAACAUGUUCUGUGAACACGAGUAAUUGAUCUGAUCUGUGUUAUGCCAUAGCUCAGGCAUAUAUUGAAUAGAAUUGAGGAGUUGUCUGUCCCCUAAAGUUUUUUUUAUGUCCUGUGAUAGGGAAUCAGUACGAGCUAGAGCUUCCAAGGAACAUGUAUGCCUGGAGCUGAAGAUGAAAUUAUGGUGUCAAAUAUUUGUGGGUUGUUCACUAUACCUCUGCCUAUUAUUCCCAUGCUCCACUCCCUGAUGUUAGAGAACCUGUGUGUUUCAGAUUAGUCCCGAGGACCUCCCCUCGCGUAUAGAAAUGUGCCGUACUAUCGACUACAGGAAUAGGUAGAUAUAUGUAAAUCCCCUGUGUUACACAUCAGAAAAGGGCACACAGUAGUGAAGGCUGAGUCCCAAAUGCCUCCUUAUUCACUAUGUAGGGAAUAGGGUGCCAUUUGGGACUCAGACUUAGUGUAUACUCCUCUGAAAGGUUAUCAUAGCGGGGAUAGUUAGGAGAGACCGCGGAUGGUUGUAACACAGGACAGUUGUAACACUCUCAAUAUCUCUAAUCAGGAACAAGCUAGAAUCAUGUGACUCACUGUGCACUAUUUAUUGUGAAGAAGCAAGACCCUGUGAUAGACUGCCGAUUUUAUUGAAAAAAAUAUGAUUUUGAGGUAAGAAAUUAAACAAAUUGA